AUGGGUUUCCUUUACUCACAAUUCUUCGUUACUCCUACAUAUCCAACACAGUCUUUCGCCGACCAAACGGUGCUCAUCACCGGCGCCAAUGUCGGCUUAGGGCUAGAAGCUGCACGUCACAUCACGCGACUAGGUGCAGCACGGGUGAUCCUUGGCGUUCGAAAUGUGACUGCAGGAAAAGAAGCAAAAGAUGACAUUGAAAGAUCUACAGGCCGCCCAGGCGUCUGUGAAGUGUGGGAGGUCGAUCUGGUUUCCCACGCCUCGGUCCUUGCUUUUGGCGAGCGCAUUUCAAAGCUCCCCCAGCUCGAUGUAGCCAUUCUCAAUGCAGCAAUUGCCACAGCGCAAUUUAGCACUGCCGAAGGGUAUGAGCAAACUCUCACUGUCAAUGUCAUCAACACUCUAUUCCUCGGCCUCCUCCUCCUGCCAACCCUGAAAGCCACACGAACAAAGAAUCCAUCCCGCACGCCCCGACUUGCCUUCGUUGUGAGUGAAGUACACGGAUGGGCGGAUUUCCCGGAAUGGAAGGAAGAUCAGCCAAUGAAGUUCGUCAGUGACCAAGCAAAAGCCAAGAUGGACGAGCGGUACUCAUUAUCGAAGCUACUCGAGGUGCUACUUGUGCAGGAACUGGCGGGCCGUGUGCGGGGAUCAGAGGUGGUGAUCAACAUGAUCAACCCUGGUUUAUGCCAUUCACAACUCGGACGGGAAGCUGGCUUCAAGUUCAAAUUGAUGAAAAUGGUAUUGGCGCGAUCCACGGAGGUUGGAUCUCGAACGCUGGUGGCGGGCGGUGCAGCUGGACUCGAAAGCCACGAAAGCUGGGCUGAACGGGUGGAAAUGGGUGAUUGGCAAGUGGACCAAGACGGCGUUGUCGGUGGUAUUGACAAGUUCAAGGAGGCUGAUACUGGAGAAUAUUGGAGAGAAUAUUUUACUCCUUGGUGA